UGAAAACAAGGUAGUGUAAACCAGUAUUUCAAUGAUAUGUAUUUUCUUGCGCUUAUUUCGGUUGUAACAAAACACAAUAAGAUAAAUGGAGUAGAAAGUCGAUGAAUAAGAGAAAUUAGUCGUGUAGUAGCCCACCCUUUACACAACGUAGCUGAUUUUGAGAAGAGGUUUUAUACCUCGCACAGAUGUAUGGAAGUUAAAUAACGAUUAUGGAAUCCCUUCGAAAUUUAUCAACAUUAUUAUUUAAGCACAGCAAGGCAAGGCACCUUAUCAUUUUUACCUUGAUUUCUGUUACUGUUGCAACGUUUUGUCUUUCCUGCAGCUUAUUUUAUAGGAAACAUAGUUUUCAGCCUGUAUACAAUUUAAAGUUAAUAUUGUCGAAGUACGCUGACAGUUACACGUAUAGUGAAGCCAUGGACUUCAACCAAUCAGUUCUAGUGUUUGCUAACGCCCAUCUUCGACCGUCACCCAGGUUCCCGGGAACAGAAAAUUCCACAGAUCCUACAUUUAGCUCGACGCAGCAUUCAAUUCUGUGUGUAAACCAAAGUUCAAAAGGACUUCCACUACACAGCAAAUGUGUAAAUAUCACACAAGAAGGAAUUAAAAUAGUAUUUUCUGGUUUAUACUACAUAUAUAGCAACAUAAACUUCACACCUAAUACAACUAGGUCUUCAUCAGAUUUCACAUACCAGACGUGGUUCCAGUACGUCCACCGUCACUCAGCCCACAGCCCCGUGUUAUCUGGUGUCUUGUUGAGAACUGUUCACACAACUUGUGCCAACUGUACACACAGCCAGGAAACUGCUAAUACAGGUGGUAUAUUUAAUCUGCAAACCGGCGACCUAAUUCAAGUGAGUGUGUCAGGUCAAGGUCUCGUUGAUUUCGGACAAGGACAAACGUCCCUGGGUCUUUUUUUAUUGAGGUUUCAGGUUGGUAGAUAA